GAGAAGGGAAGAAACAUGCAUUUAUUUAUGAAUGAGAAUGACGAAAAUGAAAUUCAAAGACUAAAACCAAAGCAGAGUUAAUUAAUAAUUCUUGCAUUGGCUUUGGUUUUGUUUUCGUUUUCAUGCUAUAUAAAACCGUAUUCCGCUUCCAAUUACUCUCUCAUUUCAAUUCCAAUUCGGCAUUGUAAUCUCAUAUCUCCCGCUGUUCAUUGAUCGAUUGUAAUGGCGAGUGAGUCGCAAAAUUGGGUGGUGAUAGUGACGGCGCAGACGCCAACUAACAUUGCUGUUAUCAAGUAUUGGGGGAAAAGAGAUGAAACCCUGAUCUUACCGGUUAAUGAUAGUAUCAGUGUCACUCUCGAUCCCGCUCACCUCUGCACUACCACCACUGUUGCUGUUAGUCCCACUUUCCACCAGGAUCGCAUGUGGCUCAAUGGCAAGGAGAUUUCUCUUUCUGGGGGCAGGUUCCAGAACUGUUUAAGGGAGAUUCGCACUCGGGCUUGUGAUGUAGAGGAUGAGAAAAGAGGUAUCAAGAUAAAAAAGGAGGAUUGGAGCAAAUUGCACGUCCACAUUGCUUCAUACAACAAUUUCCCUACUGCGGCAGGGCUGGCUUCAUCAGCUGCGGGUUUUGCCUGCCUUGCUUAUGCCCUCGGGAAGCUAAUGAAUGUCAAAGAGGAUGAAAGCCAGCUAUCUGCUAUUGCAAGGCAAGGAUCAGGUAGUGCUUGUCGCAGCUUAUUUGGGGGAUUUGUGAAGUGGGUAAUGGGAAAAGAGGAUAAUGGAAGUGAUAGUCUCGCAGUUCAACUUGCUGAUGAAAAGCACUGGGAUGAUCUUGUUAUUGUAAUUGCUGUGGUUAGUUCUCGGCAAAAGGAAACAAGUAGCACCUCUGGAAUGCGUGAGAGUGUUGAAACAAGUUUACUUUUACAACACAGAGCAAAGGAAAUUGUGCCAAAGAGGAUACUGCAAAUGGAAGAAGCCAUUAAAAAUCGUGAUUUUGCAUCUUUCUCACGAUUGUCCUGUGCUGAUAGCAACCAGUUUCAUGCAGUCUGCCUGGAUACAUCCCCCCCUAUAUUUUACAUGAAUGAUACGUCCCACAGAAUAAUCAGCAUCGCUGAAAAGUGGAACCGUUCAGAAGAAGCUCCCCAGGUAGCUUAUACAUUUGAUGCGGGGCCAAAUGCUGUUCUAAUUGCACGUGACAGGAAAGCUGCUACCCUUUUGGUUCAGAGGCUGCUUUAUUACUUCCCUCCGAAUUCAGAUGACCUCGACAGUUACAUUAUUGGAGACAAAUCAAUUGCAAAAGAUGCUGGAAUCAACGGAAUAAAGGAUGUGGAAGCUUUGCCACCUCCUCCAGAAAUUAAAGAUAACAUUCCUUCACAAAAAUACAAGGGGGAUAUCAGUUACUUCAUAUGUACCAGACCUGGAAGGGGACCUGUUUUGCUUUCUGAUAGCAGUCAAGCACUUCUUAACGAUGAAACUGGACUUCCCAAGUAAGUUUAUGGGACUGGUUGAUCUAUUCUUCGUUGGGUUCACUAGCAGCAGGCUUUAUGAGCCCUAAAUAUUGUGGCUGGAGGACCCUUUCAAGGAAGUCCCUGCACCCAUCGCAUAAUGAUUUACUCAUUACAAGUUCGCAGUUUUAUUUUUUGGGUAUCCGUAGUUUUUGUUUCAGAUACAGUUAGGCUAUUUUGAUGGAGAAAAUAAGUCUCUAUCCGUUUCUGUAUUGAGAAAGCACCUUCAAUUCACGUGAGCUUGUAAGUUAAACUUAGUUUUUUCUGCGAUCAA